AUCCUCCUUUUGGCUUCUGUAUUGCUAGUUACUACACCCGUACUAAAAAUGCACUGACUGCAAGGAAUAGGGGAUCAAUUUAGAAACAAUGGGUUAAUUUCUCUAAAAUGUCAAUGCCACCUUAUGAAUCUUGGUUUGGAUUAUGUUUUAAAGUGGCAGUGCAGAAUAAGGAGUUAGUCUGCAGUCAUGUACUUAAGAGCAUGUAUCUCCCACCCUUUAAUCCCCAAUCUUAUUUUCAAACUAAUUUUAUUAUAUGGUAAUCAUGUGAUUAUUUUCGGUUUUCCUGAUUGUUAUAGUCUAUUACUGUCUCACUGUGUUGAGUUGAGCUUUGCUUAUUUAGAAAGUCGAUGGAAUUAGUUCUGUAUCUCAUUCAUACCUUUCUAUUUUGUUUGUUUAUUUUUUCUGUUUGGCCCUUGUUCUGGGUAGAUGUAUAUCUCCAGAUAGUAUUGAACAAUCAAAACCACACCUAUUUUCUUGGCCAAUGGCAUUUCAAUAUCAAGCAUCGGCCUGCUUCAUUAUUACAUAUUUUUUCUGUUUCACCUAUUGAACAUCGUCCUCUUCAUCAUCAGUUGUGAGUUGUGACCCUCCCUUGCUUGUUUUAUUGCUAUUUCGCACUUCGUUGGAUCCCUUUAAUUGAAUAUCAUUUCUUACACCUCCUUUGGAUCCUUAUCUUUCUUAUGGCUCAAAUUCUCGAAAUUCUCUUGCUCUUGAAAUCCAUUUCGCCUCUCACUUUGUUUCCACCUUUCAAUACUUGUACUCUUUCUUCCAUGAAUGCUUCUGGCUGCUGUGCUUCCUUCACAGUUUGCCUUGAAAGCUUCUCUAUUAGAUAACAUAAAAUGCCGAGGACAAGGGAAAAUGAAAAGUCUGUGGACUCUGAGCCCGAGGAACAGGUUGAUCUUGAAGAUGAUAAUGACCUUGAAGAACAGAUGGAAGAAGAGGUUGAGUAUGAGGAAGUAGAGGAAGAAGUUGAAGAGGAAGAAGUCGAAGAGGAAGAGGUGGAAGAGGAGGUAGAAGAAGAUGAGGAGGAUACUUCUAAUGGUACUUCAGAAAAAGGCUUCAACGGUGAAGAGGAAAGUGAGGAAAAGAAGCAUGCUGAACUCCUGGCACUACCCCCUCACGGGUCUGAGGUUUAUGUUGGAGGUAUCCCCCAUGAUGUUUCUGAACAUGAUUUGAGACAUUUUUGUGAAUCAGUUGGAGAAGUUACAGAGGUGAGGAUAAUGAAAGGAAAAGAAUCAGGUGAAGGCAAGGGCUAUGCAUUUGUCACUUUCAGAACAAAGGAGUUGGCUAAUAAAGCCAUGAAGGAUCUAAACAACUCUGAAUUUAAGGGUAAGAAAGUCAAGUGCUCCGCGUCUCAAGCAAAUCAUAGGCUGUUUAUUGGUAACAUACCAAGAAGUUGGGGGGAGAAAGAUAUGAAGAAUGUCGUAAUGAAGAUAGGACCAGGAGUUGUUUCUGUGGAACUGUUGAAGGAUCCGCAGAACCCUAUUCGGAAUCGAGGAUUUGCUUUUCUAGAGUACUAUAAUCAUGCAUGCGCAGAGUACUCUAGGAAAAAGAUGUCAACCCCAGAGUUUAAACUGGAUGAUAAUGCCCCAACAGUGAGCUGGGCUGAUCCGAAAAAUGCAGGAUCUUCUGCUGCUUCUCAGGUUAGGGCUAUUUAUGUGAAGAACUUGCCAAAAGAUAUAACUCAAGAUCAAUUGAGGCAGCUGUUUGAACACCAUGGAAAUAUAACCAAAGUAGUUCUCCCCCCUGCAAAACCAGGACAUGAGAGGAGCAGAUUUGGGUUUGUGCACUUCUCAGAAAGAUCGAGUGCCAUGAAAGCACUGAAGAACACUGAGAGAUAUGAAAUUGAUGGUCAAGUUCUGGAUUGUUCUUUGGCCAAGCCUCAAGCAGAUAAUAACAAGUCUGUUGCAGGAACUACUUCACAAAAGGCAGCCUUCAAUCCAAGUUUCCCCCCUGGUCUUGGGUAUGGUUUAGUAGGAAAUCCUUAUGGUGCUAUUCGUGGAUAUGGUGCUGCGGCCUUUGCUCAACCUUUAAUUUAUGGUAGGGGACCAACUCCGGCUAGCAUGGCGAUGAUGCCGAUGUUCUUACCCGAUGGAAGGGUUGGAUAUGUAUUGCAGCAGCCUGAGAUUCAACCACAUCCCCCUGUAUUCCAACAUCAUGGUGGUAGAGGUGGCGGUUCAAGCAGCUCCGGCAGUGGUAAACGUUAUAAUGACAGUAAUCGUGGACGUGGGCGCUACAAUCCAUAUUAACCUUUGUGUGUACAACUCCGAAUGUUCAGCACUGAACCCGUUCUGCUAGCUUGACAUUGUAUGCUGAUGAAUGGAUUUGUAUUGUUAGAUGAUAGAAACAUGGAAAAAUGGUUCUUCCCCUUGUUAGUAAAGUUUCCCAUUGGUGAGUAAACCCUUCUGUACGAAAUCAUAUAGUGAAUGUGUGAAAAUUGUCUAGGGUUUUAGUGUUUUCCUUGCUGAUGAAGAUUUCGACACCAGCUACCGAGAAACUAAUUUACAAAAUAGGUAAAAUAAGUUAAAUAGAGAAACUAAUUGAAGAUCUCUUUUUUUUUUUUUUUUUUUGACAAGCAAUUGAAGAUCACUGAACAGUGAACACAUGACAUGAUCUAAUGAACUCAACAUGUUCUG